AUGGAUUUUGUUCUCGUUACAAAUCCCCGUAGGAGGAAAAAAGGAACCGUUGGGAAGGGUAAAAAUGUCUCAAAAAAGAAUGCGGACAUUGACAAAGAGUUAUGGUCUCAGGAAGCUCUUGAAAAAAAAUUGGCAAAAAACGAAGAUCGAUUUCACGUGGAAAGAUAUUUAAAAAAAAUACGAUCUUUACUUGAGCCACAAGCUCUCCAGUUUAACCAUUGUCUGAGUCUUGGUUUAGGUCGACUUCAUACGGUUACGGCUUCCUUGCAAUUACAACUAUUCUUUGAGCUUCAAAGUAUUUUUAAAAUUCCUUCCUCGAACUGUUCUUUUUAUGAUCCUGCUUUCUUAGAAGACGACAUCCAGUUUCUACAAAACAAAGGCUUUACCAUAUUAAGAGAUUCCCCAAAGCUAGAAUGUCUCGAAAAUACUCUGCUGUACAUGCCUCAUUGCCCUACUUCUUUAUACGAACAAUGGUUAGAUGUUUACUCGAGGUCUGAAAAACAAUUUUCCAUGUGUGGUAAUAAUCUACAACUGUAUGUGGACAAUCUGCCAUCUAAAGACAUCAAAUCAAAAUACCCAAACAUCUAUAGAGUAUGCCAGAAAAAACUAUAUACCCAAAUUUUAUUUCCUGAAUUCUCCGAGGCAUUCGCCUUUAAUGAUUUAUCUUUCCAUUUUCCUUACCCCCCUCAGUCGGAUGAGCAUCCAAAGAAGACUUUGCCUGAGAAGACACCGUCAACUGUUGCUGAUGCUUCAAACGUUGCUGAGCACCCCAAUUAA